GAGAGACGAGAUUUAAAGUGAUAGAGGGCCAAAAGCAGUUGCCUUAGGACUCUCUUUAAUUUCCAAUUGUGUGAAAACUUUAUUGAUAUUUUUCUAUUAGAAGAAGUGUGUGUGGUUAAGGCAGUGAGGAAGAUGUAUGUAACUAGACCGCGGUCAGUCUAUCACCACUUCCCGGGAGCUCUUUCGCUGCAGCCACAGGCAGAUGUUGCGUAUUCGGGCCACCUCGUUGUGACAGAUGAGGAAUCGGAGGCGAUGGACUCCUUCUGCUGUGGGAUUUGGAGGAAUCACAAAAUCAAUAGGCUGCCUUUCCCUUCAGACAGAGUGUUGCAGGUGGUGCACUCUUCGUUGCAGGAAGAGGUCGGCGUGAUCAAGGCUUGGUUCGUACCUGUUCUCGAUCAGCCUCUCUCGUCCAAUCGCUACUAUGUCAUCAAAGCUAAGGGAAGGCGAAAAGGGCAGGCCUACACAUGUUCGAGAGAGGGAGAUGUCGGGAUGUGCUGCUGUAGGCGUCCUCGUGUGGAGUCGAAAACAAGGCCUUUUGAUCAUAGGGAUAGGUACCAGCAGUUGGAGAUUAGGCCAUUUCAUGGUGGUGGUUUUUGUGCUAGAUCAGUGGAAUGGGAUGGUCACCCUCCAAAUUUCCUCAGCAAAGGUGGGUGGGAAGUCUACAAGGCGCCUUCGUGCAGGCUCCAUCUGCACGAAGGCGCGGGCCUCCUUCCCACGCCUCCGCUGGGGUUCCCUGACAGGGACCUCCCACUCAGCGCGAGGCGCUCCACUCCUGUGGUGGUGGGGAGGUGGUACUGCCCUUGUGUUAUGGUGAAGGACGAGGAGAUGAGGGCGGCCGAGCAGAUGAAAAAGUGUAUGGUGUAUGAGGUGAGCCUGAAGCAGUGGUGGGAGCAGAUACAUUCUGUGGAGAAUGAAGGUGGUGGGAAGGAGGCUGUGGUUGUGGAUGCGAGGGUGAGGAGGCUGGUGUGCCGGGCUAUUGGGAUGGAGGCAGAGAAGGAGGACGGGGGAGGGGCGGACGGGUUCGUGUGGUUUAGGGGGAAGGGGGAGUGUAGGAGGAGGGUGGGUGUGGGGUUGAGUUUGAGUUUGUAUGAGAAGAUGAGAUGGGUGCAAGAGACAAGAGGGUGGUUUGAUGGGGAGAGAGAGGUGAGGGUGAAGGGGAAUAAGGAAGUUGGGAGUGAGAGUAGUUGGACUAGGUUUGGUUGCUAUGUGUUGGUGGAGAGCUUUGUGUUUAGGAGAAUGGAUGGGAGUUUGUUGAUCAAUUUUAAUUUUAGAAAUACAGAUAAGAUUGUGUGCAAAUGGGAGUGAUGUAGCUUCAAGAUUUGAUCAAUUCCUACCAUGUAUGUGCAUAGCUGAUUAAGCCCCAGAAAAAUUUCCAAAGAGGCCCACUUCUAUAUAGUAUAUUUCAAUAUUCGAAAUUGAUUUUUGGA